GUUCGGCGCGCCGUUUUGAACGUGUUUUGCUAGACAGUGUCACUACCAUUAUCUCUCCAUAUCUGAUUAGGCUGAUAAAGAUCUACUUUCAUCGAACUUUUCUAGAUUCUUAAUUUGUGGUCCCCGCCAUUUUUGAACACCAAACUGGUUGGCUGGCUCUAUUUAAUUAUUUAUAUUGUUUAAGCUUUACUGUACCUUUAUAGCGAUACGCUAAAGUAGCUCAUGCGAAAUGCAUCUUCGAUAGAAAAUUCAGCUUCAUUUCAAUCCGUGUUUACCCAUACUAUUAGUAUCAAUGUGAGGUUUGCCAAGCCACGAGCUGGGAGACAGAACGCGGCAGUCGCGUUAGGACACGAGCCAGGAGAGCACGGCAGCUGCCGACGCAGAAGGACCUGCAUGAUCAACCAAGUAACACACAAGAACACCAUGCCGAGUAUAGCCGUAGUAGGAGCGGGUGUCGUAGGCCUGACCACUGCCACACUCCUGCAGGACGCCCUUCCCGGGACACCCGUUACUCUCCUGGCCGACAAAUUCCUACAGGAUACAACUAGUGACGGCGCCGCAGGAAUCUACCGGCCCGGGCUCCAGUUCCAGGGCCCUUCGCCGGAAGUGACUAGGAGAUGGCUCGAGGAUUCCUACAACUACUUCAAGGACAUCCUUCACUCGGGAGAACCAGAGGUGACAGGCGUCAAGACGGUCUCGGGCUUCCACUUCUCCUCAAAGUACCCCAACAUAGUUUAGAAUCCAUUCCUGAAAAUGAUACUGGAGGAGCAUCGGCCAUGUACACAGGACGAGCUGGACUUCUAUGGCUACAAGUAUGGCACUUUCAUGACCACAAUCCUUACAGAGUGUCGCCGCUUUCUGCCUUAUCUCACCGAAAAGUUUAAGAGUCGUGGCGGCGUCGUCGUGGAGCGUCGUCUUCACAGCUUGGAAGAACUUGCAGAUGACUUCGAUGUCGUGUGCAACUGCUCUGGCUUCGGUUCCCGCGAGCUGUGCGGGGAUCUCAGCGUCACGCCCAUCAGGGGUCAAGUAUUUAAGGUGCGCGCUCCAUGGGUGAAGCAUUUUUAUUACGUGGAUUACGACACCUACAUCUUACCAGGGUUCGACCUAUUAACGCUGGGAGGAACUCGGCAGUUCGACUCCUAUUCCAGCGAAGUGUGUCGCCACGAUGCUGCUGCCAUCUGGGAGCGGUGUACGCAAGUUCUUCCGAGUCUCAGGAACGGCGAGGUUGUAAGGCAGUGGGUGGGAUGGCGCCCCUACCGCCCCUCCGUCAGAGUAGAGCGAGAAACCAUGACUUUCCCCAGUAAAAAGACCCUAGAGGUUGUACACAACUAUGGCCACGGUGGGUAUGGCGUGAUGACGGCCCCGGGAACCUCCAUCAACGCCGUCAAACUUGUGGUUGAUUACCUUGCGUCAAGAAAGGCAAAACUUUAAAAGAGUAAUAUACAGGAGAUCCGUCUUUGGGACCUGCUCCUUUACUUAUGAUAUCUUUAGUAACAAAAAUAUGACGAUGUCUCUACGGUUCUUGAACACUGUUGCUUUAAUAACACGCAGAAUAAGUCAUGCA